AUGGCGGAGCGUGGACCUCCAAAUCUACCGGACUCUCGGGCGGGUCUAUCUCCCGAUUCACCACGCCCUCGGUCGCGCGUUUUGGCUUGUGUAAACUGUCAGCAACGCAAGAUCAAAUGCGAUCGCAAAUCUCCCUGUGCAAACUGUUUGAAGCAUCGUUUUCAAUGUGUGCCAGCGACACAGACACGCACAAGAAAACGCCGUUUCCCAGAGCGGGAACUUCUGGGUCGUCUCCGGAGAUAUGAGGAACUACUUCGACAAAACAAAAUCAAGUUUGAUCCUCUUCAUAAGGAUGAAAGCUCGGUGGAAGACGAUAUAGCAGAGAGCAGGUCUGAUACUGAAACGCAAGAAGACCAGGAUGAAUCUAAUGGACCGUCUCCUUAUCGACAUGCAAGGUCGGACAAUGAUCAUGAACCGAAACCCAAGCAGCCAACCAUCAUCAAUGGCUUCCGCGAGGCAACAGUCAAAUUCUCAUGGGAUCAGAUGUAUGCAAGUGACGACCACAUCAUCCUUGGUUCUCCUAAAUCAUCCGUUGAUCUUGCCACUUUGCAUCCUGAACCCGUUCAUAUAUUUAAGCUGUGGCAGAUAUACCUUGAGAAGAUCAAUCCGUUGUUGAAAAUCAUCCACGCUCCUACUUUGCAAGGGAGAAUUAUCGAGGCGGCUGGCAAUACAGCAAAAAUUGAGCCUCGCCUUGAGGCACUGAUGUUUGGCGUGUAUUGCAUGUCUAUCCAGACUGUCAAAACAGAAACUUUCCAGUCGAUGUUCGGCUUAUCCAAGGAUGAUCUCCUAGCAAGAUAUCAAUUUGGCUGUCAGCAAGCAUUGCUAAAUUGUCAGUACUUGCGCUCGGACAAUCGCGACUGUCUGACUGCACUAUGCUUCUUUCUCUAUUCUCUCCAACCGAACACAAACCCUCGAUCCCUCUCAUCAAUCCUUGGCAUCGCACUUCAGCUCGCCCAGCGGAUGGGUAUUCAUAGUGAAUCAUUCCUAGCAAAUUGCAGCGUUUUCGAAGCUGAAAUGCGACGGAGGCUAUGGUGGUCGCUUACAGUUUUCGAUGCUCGACUGGGUGAACUUUCAGGAAUCAAAACUUCAUCACUGAAUCCUACAUGGGACUGCAAAAUCCCUAUGAAUGUGAACGAUUCUGAUCUCUGGGCAGAGAUGAAGGAGCCUCCUGUUGUGCAAGCUGGAGCGACUGAGUCAACAUUCAUCGUGAUGCGCGCUCAAAUCGCUGAUUUCGUUCGAAGUUCUUCCUUUCACCUUGAAUUCUUCAACCCAGCCCUCAAAAAGAUCGCUAAGAAACUUCCAAAUGGGGGUGAUGUAGCUACCUUUGAGAAAAUGAUGGAAGAUGAAUUCUUCAAAUUCUGUGAUGAGGAAAAUCCUCUUCAUUUCAUGACGAUUUGGACAGGCAGGGCACAUUUUUCGAAAUGCUAUCUCCUAGAGGCUUACGCAAAAUACAUCGAUUCUUCCACUCCGCCAUCACAGGCUGAAAGUGACGCUCUGGUAGCCCAGGCAUUUCGUAUGCUUGAUUCAGAUACAAAGAUCAUCACCUCACCCCGGACUGCGGGCUUCUUCUGGGCUGCACGGGCUUACUUUCCUUUCCCUGCUUAUUUCCAUAUAAUCCACGACUUGAAGAAGCGGCCGAUAAGCUAUCACUCUAAUCAAGCAUGGGAGGUGAUGAAUGCCAACUAUGAAGCUCGGUUCACCUGCAGUGAGGGAUACGACUAUCCUCUUUUUGCGAUAUUCAGCAACGUUAUUCUUCAGGCCUGGGAGGCUCUUGAAGAAGUUAUCAGACGAUCUGGAGAGCCAUUGGCUCCGCCGAAGAUUGUCGUGACAAUUAAGCAGAGACUACUUGAGAUGACACCAAAUGCGCCAACACCCAGCAAUGAACAGUCAGAUGGCAGUCUUGAUACACUGCUGGAUCAACCACCGAUGACAAUGCCAAUGCCAAUGGAAUUCGGAAUGGGGCUUGGAAAUGAGGGAUUCUUUAGUGGAAUAGGUGGACAGAGUGAUUUUUCUGGACCAGAUCCUCGGUUAUUUACUAGUAUGCAGCCUCCACUCACAUCCGAUUUGAAUCAUCUUAAUUGGAUGUCGAUGUUUUGGGGCAUGCGUGACGGCCGCGGGUGGUGA